GUUCAGAAACCAGGACAGAGACAGGGGAGCGGAGGGAUAGUGGUUCAGAAACCAGGACAGAGACAGAGGAGAGGGAUCAGGGUUCAGAAACCAGGACAGAGACAGGGGAGAGGGAUCAGGGUUCAGAAACCAGGACAGAGACAGAGGAGAGGGAUCAGGGUUCAGAAACCAGGACAGAGACAGAGGAGAGGGGGGAUAGGGGUUCAGAAACCAGGACAGAGACAGAGGAGAGGGAUCAGGGUUCAGAAACCAGGACAGAGACAGGGGAAAGGAGGGAUAGGGGUUCAGAAACCAGGACAGAGACAGAGGAGAGGAGGGAUAGUGGUUCAGAAACCAGGACAGAGACAGAGACAGGGGAGAGGGGUAGCCAUGUUGGCAUCUUACAGGUGGUUGACACCAGUGAGACAGUCUCUCACCAUGAUGACCCUGAGGUCUCCACCGGCCAAUCAGACACUCCCCAAGGAGAGGACCAGACACUGAACACUCUGACCGAGACUCUCAUACACUUAGCCCCCACUCCCACUGACCACCAAACACCAACGCACUACACACCUUCCACUGAAUCAGAGACCGAGAGACCGGAGGAGAUGGAGCAAGAGGACGAGGAAGAGAACCACUCAGAUACUGAGCCCCAAGAGCAAGAAGAGACAGGCCCCAUUCAGCCAGAGGAACCUGUGUUAAAAUCCUGUUCCAUGGACAAGCCAUCCAAUGAAACUAACCACAGAGACCCAGAACUACAACGGACCCCAGCAGUGAUGUUUCACGACCCUCCACCUCCCUCGCCCCUGCUCCACCAGCCCCCAGCCCAGUUAACCCAGUCCCCAGCCCAGUUAACCCAGUCCCCAGCCCAGUUAACCCAGUCCCCAGCCCAGUUAACCAGGUCCUACUCCCAGUCCAGCCAGUGCUCCCAGUCUUCAGUCUUUCCUAAGUCCCAGACACUGACAGAGGCCCACAACAUCAAUGCUGCUGUCCUCAGUUCUGGGGUGCUCUGUCUGCCUGGAACAAGAGAUAGGGGAGGUCGAGCCCUGGUGACCGUGACCACGAGGAACACCGGCUGGUUGAACCCCAGCUGUGACUGUGGAGAACUGGUCAGAAUCCUGGUCUACUACUACACAAUGCUCAGGAAGGAGGUGCGUUCCCUAGGGUUGACAGUCGUGGUGGACUCCCGGCGGUGCUCCCCUGUCCCCGCUCUGUUCAGCGCCUUCAACAUACUUCAGGAUGCUUUGCCCGGCUGUAUCUACACUGUCCUGUUACUGGCUGAUAGAGACCUGGUUCUACGCCUGGAGAAACCCUCAGCCGUACAGGUGGAGUUGUUGACCUCUCUGAAGUCUCUCUAUAAACAUGUGGAGGUGUCUCAGCUGCCUACUGAGUUUGAUGGAUCCUUCCCCUUUUCACACAGCGCCUGGGUCUGCUUCAGAACGAGAGUGGAACAGCUAACCAGUCACUGUGAGGACGCUGUCAACCUUCUGCAGAGUACCAUCACAGGUCUGGAGUCUACUGUCCUGCCAGCUACCGCUGAGGAGGCCCAGGUGUUACUUGCCAGGUACAGGGGUGUGAUGUGCACCGUCCUGGAGGACAGCCGAUUGGCUAGAUUACAGCUGGAGGGCGGAGCCGUCCUGUCCCGCCUCCGUAAAGAGGAAACCAGUGUCAGCCUCAGCGACGACUACAGAGAUGCCGUAGAGGUUGUGGCUGGUCUGUACGAUCAGGUGGAUGAGCUGGUUCACAAGCUGGUGAUGCUGUCCAACCAACGCACUCAGGAACUGGACUUUAUCAUGGAGUUCAAGAGUCUGGAGCAGGGAUUCAAGGAGGUGAGUGACUGGAUUGAGGAGGUUGGAGAGUGUCGUCUGAGAACGCUCGGAGAGCUGGAGGAUUCUCUGGAGCAGCUGCACAGGAAACAGACCCUCUUCAGAGACUUCUACACUGCUGCCUACGAACACUGUAAGGGAGGCGAGGUGCUGCUGAAACGUCUAGAACGUUGGGAAGACUUGUCGUCAGCCGAGCUGCAGGUGUACGAGGUCAAAGUUCGAUCCUUCUGGGUCCACCUGCACGACUUCUCCCAGAGGGUAGAAGACACCAAGACCAACAUCGACAAGACCGUACGUCUCUACGAGUUCUUCGACAAGGCGUAUGAGUGGGCGUUGGAGGGGAUGCGUCACCUGGCCAGCAUCAGCAUGGAGGACUGCACGGUGCCCGACAAGAGCCAGGGGGUGAUCAGCUGUCUGGAGGGGUACCGCCGGCAGCACCCCCCGAUCCCCGACCCCCGCUUCCAGGAGAUGAAGGAGCUGGCUGGGGAGAUGAAGAGCGAGCAGGGCCUCAAACAGUGGAAGUUCGCCUGGUCCAAGUGCCAGGAGACCAAGCAGAUGUUUGAGAAGAAGCUGGAGGCCGCUCUGAGGACGAGGCGAGCCCUGCCCACGGGAGAGUCAUCCGGGUCGGGUACAGCGGGUGCAGGGAAGGAAGGCGGGGUAGGGGACGCCACCCCCAGACGUUACUCUGACGUUAACAACGACGUGGGACAGGAGAGGAGCCGCAGCGUGUCACACGCCUGUAGAAAGGCCUUUAGUGGGGUGUGGGGGGUCAGAGAGAGGCUGUCCUCUACCUCCAGCGCUGCCUCAGCUCAGUCGGCCUGCAGCCUCAGACAGGAGACACCCCUAACCUCCUCUCCCUACGGUCUGGUGCACAGGCUCCCCCUCACCCCCCUCUCCACCCAGCUCCUCACCCGUAGCACCUCCUCCGAGGAGUCGUCCCACGGGGUUCGUAUUGAAGCGCAGGGCCGUAGCUCCUCCUGUUCCUCCUCCCCCUCCCUGACCCCCCUGGAGCCGAGCUCCGCCCCUAACCCUGCUCGCCGGCCCCCGCUCCGCAAGACCCAGAGCUUCGACUGCCAGAGCCCCGCCCCCGCCUCCCCUGACUCCUCCCGCUAUGGGACCUGUCAGCGUACGCUGAGCGAGCCGGCCCGGCGCGGCCACACUGGGGUGUUUAUUAAAGGCCUGGAGGUCAGUAGUAGGGAGGUGGCUGAGCGACCCUACUCCCCCAGAAUGACGCCUCCUGGCUGGGCAGCGGGAGAGGCACUGAGGACCCCCUCCAUCAGCACUGCCAGUAGUCCUGUACCAGAGACCCGCGCCAAGGGCAGUAAGCUGCGUCACAUCGUGGAUGAGAUGGUGACCACGGAGAGGGAGUACGUGCGUUCCCUCCGGUACAUCAUCGAGCACUACUUCCCCGAGAUGGAGAGAGGAGACCUCCCGCAGGACCUCAGGGGAAAACGCAGCGUCAUCUUUGGGAACCUGGAGAAGCUUAUGGACUUCCACAGCCAGUACUUCCUCAAGGAGUUGGAGAGCUGCUGCAACCACCCUCUGAGGGUGUCACACUGCUUCCUACGACACCAAGACGCGUUCGGCCUGUACGCUCUGUACAGUAAGAACAAGCCUCGGUCUGAUACGCUGUUGGCCAGCCACGGAAACAGCUUCUUCAGGAACAAGCAGCUGAAGCUGGGAGAUAAGAUGGACCUGGCCUCCUACCUGUUAAAGCCCAUCCAGAGGAUGGCUAAAUACGCUCUCCUCCUCAAAGACCUGAUCAAGGAGGUGAGCGAGGCGCAGGAGACAGAGCUGGGCUACCUCCGAGCCGCCGCGGAGAUGGUCAAGUUCCAGCUGCGUCACGGCAACGACCUGCUCGCCAUGGACGCCAUUCGAGACUGUGACGUGAACCUGAAGGAGCAGGGUCAACUGGUCAGACAGGAUGAGUUCUGGAUCUGGUACGGCAGGAAGAAGUGUCAGCGCCAUGUCUUCCUGUUUGAAGACCUGGUGCUGUUCAGUAAACCCAAACGCAUCGAAGGAGGACUGGACGUUUACAUCUACAAACACUCCUUUAAGACGGCAGACGUGGGGAUGACCGAGACAUCUGGGGACAACAGUCUUCGUUUCGAGGUGUGGUUCAGACGCAGGAGCAGUAAGAACCAGACGUAUGUCCUGCAGGCCUCCAACACAGACAUCAAACACGCCUGGACCACCAACAUCGCACGUAUCCUCUGGCAGCAGGCUACCCGGAAUAAAGAGAUCCGUAAUCAGGAGAUGGUUUCCAUGGGAGUGGGUAACAAGCCGUUCCUGGACAUUAAACCCAGUGAUGCUGCGAUCAACGACAGGGCUAUAGACUACAUCAUGAAGGGACGAGGUGCCAGAACUCGAGCCUCCAUUGCCGUGUCCCUGUUCGACCACUCCAACCCUUUCAAGCGUACAGCGUCGAUUAACGGGGGGUCUGGCGGCGGGGCCCCUGCUGCGUCUGGCUCCUGCACUCUCCUGGGGCCCCUCAACCUGCACAUGUACAGCAGCCACAGCCAGGCCCUGCUGCCCGGGGGAGAGAGGCCCUUCAUCAGCCCGUGUAUGGAGGAGGACGAGAUGGAGCACGAGACCAGCAGCCAGCCAUCCAUGACUACAGAGAGCUCAGGUUCAUCGUCCCACUGUCUGUCCGGCAGCGGCUCCAGUGGUUCAGACAGUGGCUGUGUGUCCAGCCACCUCCCUGAGGCCAGUUUAUCUGAGGAUCCCUCGUUCCCCUGCCGUCCCCCGUCCGACGCCGUGACCUCCCCCAGCCUCCCCAAAGACAAGCCGCGCUACAACAACAGCCAGUACAUUUCAGCCGUCUGAUAUCCAGAAAGACACUAUUACCACGCCAAGGAAGACAGGCGAGACUCUCAUCUCACAUGGACACUGUAAAGACCUGGGACUGUUUUUAAAAUAAAAAGAAAAGCCACUUUUGAGCAUA